GUUCGUUUUUGGCAUGGGCGCUGUUAGCGGGUGGCAUGUGUUUAAUAACCCGAGCAGGAAGGGCCGUGGCUUUAGCCGCCCUGCCGCCGCCGUGUGUUCUGGGAGAAUUCACUAGAUCCAAGAUGGCGGCGAGCAGGAGGUUGGGGAAGGAACUUGAUGAAAUCCGCAAAUCUGGAAUGAGAAAUUUCCGUCACAUCAUAGUUGACGAUUCAAAUAUUUUGAACUGGCAAGGGCUCAUUGUUCCUGAUAACCCACCAUAUGACAAAGGAGCCUUCCGGAUUGAAAUCAACUUUCCAGCAGAGUAUCCUUUCAAACCACCCAAGAUCACCUUUAAAACAAAGAUCUAUCAUCCCAACAUUGAUGAGAAAGGGCAGGUGUGUCUGCCAGUCAUUAGCGCAGAAAACUGGAAACCAGCUACCAAAACCGACCAGGUUAUCCAGUCCCUCAUAGCAUUGGUGAAUGACCCACAACCUGAGCACCCACUGAGGGCUGACUUGGCUGAAGAAUACUCAAAGGACCGUAAAAAAUUCUUUAAGAAUGCAGAAGAGUUUACAAAGAAAUAUGGUGAAAAGCGACCAGUGGACUAAGACUUGGCUGUUGUGAAUCCCACAAAACUCAUUCUAGCAGACCCAGAGCAGUGCGUUUCAGAAGCACCUCGAAGCAGGACUCAAUGUGGAUCACAGACAAGUGCCACCCCAUGGUGUUGCUUGUGUCUGUUACUAACUUUCUACUGUUUUCUUAAAUCCAAAAAAAAUUAUUAAAAAAUAAAAUGCAAAAAAAAAAAGAUGGUUUAGAAAAUAACCUGUAAAGAUGGGAUUAAAAAUACACACAAAAUGUUUUAGUUGUGCUUCGUUUGUUUAAAAUCACUGCUUCAGUAGACUAUACAUAUGUUGCGAAUAUAUUUGACUAAUGUUAUCAACGCCAGAUCUUAAGCCCUUCAGGAAAGAAGAAAAAAAAUGUUGUGGUGGUUCUGUUAAACUUUCUUUUCUAUGCUGUCCCCUGAACUUUGCUUUCUUCCCCACUCCUCCCCUCCCCACGAGAAUGUCUUGGUAAAGCAGCAGUCCUGAAGGUGGAUGACAACUGUUUCAUGUUACUUUUGCAUUCUGUGGAACUUGCUUUAUCAAUUCCCCUAGCAUUCAGUUUGUAACAUUUAAUAAUCAGAAUUACAGCCUAGUCACCAAUUCUAAUGUUUACGACAUUAAAAAAAAAAAAAAAAAAAAAGUUUUGUUUGUCAUUAAAGAAUUUGUUACGAGAUUACUGCUUACAAAUUUUGGAUCAUAAACGUUUAAAGAUUUGUUUUCUUUUUUCAAAUAACACAAACAGGUUCUAGUCUCCUUUUCAGUGUAGAAAUUGAUACAUUUCGAGAUGGCAUUAACUGAAGAAAAAAAAAACAUUCCCUGAGACAGCAGCAAAACGCAAUGUAGAAUAUAUAUAUAUAUAUAUAUAUAUAUAUAUAUAUAUAUAUAUAUAUAUAUAUAUAUAAUCAAAUGUCACUAAAUAAAUACAAAUGAAUAUUAACUUGCAUGUGUGUCAGAAGUUAAUGCAAGUUAGACGGGUAGUAAUAGUUACACGCUAAGGGUUUUGCGGAGUCAUUGCAGCUACAUAUGUGAAAAAUGCUACCCUUUUAAGAACAUACUUUUACAAUGUUUGUUGAAAUGCAGCAAACAUUCUUACAAGUAUAUGAAUAUUCAGAGUGCUUGUGCAGUAAUUGCGAUCCCACAUUAGCACUAAAUAGUGUAGUUGUCUUUUAAUGUGUUAAAUGCACUCUUUCCUUGGGUUUACUUUUUCUUUCUGCAGUUAUGUUUUCUUUUUUGGGAUAGUGAUGCUUUGUUAAGUUUCCUGAAUGUAUUUAUGAACACAGCAUAUUUUCUGAAAAUAGCCAAAAAUAAAAAUGAGGUCUACUUCCUUCCACAUA